GCAUACCCUCCCGCGCCUCCGUCUCAAGACCCAACACAUACACCUUGACACCCCCACACACACACCAGCCCAACUGGUUGCCUUCCAGGGAUUAGCUUCCGGGGUUACAUGGGAAAAGAGCAGCCUUGGCUCUCAAUGCCCAGCUGAGGGGAAGCUUCAGCUCCGUCUCCGUACCACAAGAUACCUCGACGGAUUUCAACUUCAUCCCUACUCCCAGCCUCGAGACAGGAAAAGACUAUAUUGCUGAUCCUUCCCUCAUUAUUAUCUCACUAUAAUAACCUUAGAUCCAAACAAGUCGAACAUUUGAUACGGCUUGAGCGACAUACUAGUAAACUCUUUACACAGUCGCAAAGCCAUACCUGAUAUUCGCCCACGAUGACAAUUAAAUCACGGUGGCACAAAGAGAUUCCAAGUUGCUCUCUGCAGCAAUGGAUCUUUGGAUCAUCUCGCGGACCCCUCGAGGGCGGCAAAGUCUUCAUAGAUGCCGACCGCCCAGAAACUCACUAUCUCACUAUCACCGAGUAUAGAUCGGUCGCCAAGCGUGUCGCUAUAGGUCUCCAAGCAGCUGGUCUAAAGCCAGGCGAUCGUGUGUUGGUCUAUUCUGGAAACAGCAUCUGGUUCCCAGCUGUUCUGAUAGGCACUCUUAUGGCCGGCGGAAUAUUCACCGGCGCCAACCCCGGGUUCGUUGCCCGGGAGCUUGCGUAUCAACUCCGCGACAGCGGCGCUUCUUUCAUGUUUGCUGCCCCCGCGGUCCUGAGUGUUGCACUCGAAGCUGCCGCUGAGGUCAAGAUGAAGCCCUCGCAAAUCUUCGUCUUUGACCCAGAAAUAAAUGCCAAAGACGGGGAGCCUCAAUACGAACCUGACAAUGAGAAUACCGGCACCCGUAACUGGGCCGAGCUGCUCAAGGGCACACUUGCCAAGGCCGAGACGUGGGACUGGAUCGAGCCGGCCAACCCUGCCGAGACGACCUGUUGCCUGAACUACAGCUCAGGAACGACUGGUGUGCCCAAAGGCGUCGAGAUCACACACAGCUCAUACGUCGCAAACGGCGAGGGUGUCUGCUUCGUCAUGAAUCUCGAUCCCGAUCUGCCCAAGAAGAGCCUGACCCAUCUCUGCUUCCUGCCAAUGUACCACGCCAUGGCUCAGACAUAUUUUGUUGCGAACUAUCCACAUAGGCGUGAUCCUACCUAUAUCAUGCCGUACUUUGACUUCGAAAAGAUGCUUCAGCACAUGCAGAAUUACCGCAUCAACGCCGUGGCUUUCGUUCCACCUAUCGUGGUGGCGUUGGGAAAGCACCCGCUUGCCCGCAAGUAUGAUCUCAGCUCCGUAGAGAACAUUGGCUGCGGCGCGGCCCCACUCGGCCUUGAAGCCAUCAAGGAGUGCGAAGCGCUAUGGCCCAAGGGCGAUGUCAGGAUCAGGCAGGGUUGGGGCAUGACCGAGUUGACGUGCACGGCGCUCGGCUGGGAUCCCAGAGUUGAGGCAACCGAGACGGCCGCUGUGGGCGAGCUCAUGCCCAACUUCUAUGCCAAGCUCGUCGAGACCGAUGGUUCAGAUAGACCCAUAACCGAGGCCAACAAGAGAGGAGAACUGUGGAUAUCGGGCCCAACAAUGCUCAAGGGCUAUUGGAACAAGCCCGAGGCGACCAAUGCGACCAUUGUAUACGACAAGGAGGAAAACAGGCGGUACCUCCGAACGGGAGACAUCGCAUACGUCGAGCGGUACGAGGCUGGCACGCUCUUCCACGUUGUCGACCGGCUCAAGGAGCUCAUCAAGGUCAAAGGGAAUCAGGUGGCGCCCGCCGAGCUCGAGUCAGUCCUUCUCCAGCACCCCGACAUCAUCGAUGUCGGCGUCGUGGGUGUCACAAUCAAGGGCGAGGAGUACCCACGUGCAUACGUUGUCCUAGCCCCCGGAGUCAAGACCACUGGGGAGGACAUUGUCAAGUGGAUCGAGCCCAAGGUUGCCAAGUAUAAACAAUUGAAGGGCGGCGUAGCCAUCAUUGAUGCCAUUCCCAAGAAUCCUUCGGGUAAAAUCCUUCGUAAGAUUCUCCGCGAGCAGGCCAAAGCCGAGGUUGGAGACAAAGCCUCCAAGUUGUAGUACCGAAAAGCGCCUCGUGUUCCGAGACUCAGUGGCAAUGGAGAAGUCAUGGUCAUCGCCGAGGGCCGUGGUCUGGUUGUCGAGCGUCAUACCUGCGGAUGAAGGCAGUGCUGAAAUUGGGGAUUUUGAUGUAAGACUACCUAAAUUUACGAUGAGACGUAACAACGCGAACAUGGGAGCAUGCGUGCGCGCGCGGAUGCGCUGUGUACUUUUGAUUGUGACCUACUUGCGAAAGAAGCUGUUGCAUGUUGGGGGUGCCCUGCAAGACAGGCACGCAAAUCGGAUCUGCAAAGAGUUCAAGACAGUACCUACCUAGUAGGUUCCAUGUUGGGUGGAAUAAAGUUAAGAGCACCGGUCGAAUCGAAUGUAGCCCUGUUUUGGGUGUUUGAUCGACAACGAAAUUAUAA